AUGUUCGGCCUUGUCGCUUUGGUUCCCGUCCUCGGUGCUCUUUCUGCUGCCGCUCUCACUCCAGCUCAUAUGGCUCUUUUCCCCCGACAAAUCGAAUCAGCUAUUCCAUCAGCAUGCCAAUCAGGAUGUACUCAAACUCUUCAGAUCUAUCAAGCUUGUCAAAACAAGGACUACACCACUUGUUUGACCGUUUGCAACCAAGACACUUUUAAUGGUUUCGUUGGAUGUUUCGAUUGUGUUCUCGAAAACACUCCCUCAGCAUCUUCUUCUGAGAGAAGUCAAUUAGACUCUGCCAUCUCUGAGCUCAAGACCGCUUGUGCUUCUGGUGGUCAGAGUGUUACCGGUGGUCUCAGUGGAGCCGCUUCUGCAACUGGAUCAGGUGCUUCUUCAGGUCUUGUAGGUGGUGCUGCAGGUGCAAGCUUCACUUCUGUUGCUUCAGGCAUCACCAUCGCUGCUUCAGCUUCUUCAGCCGCCGCUGCAGGUGAUACAUCCGCUACUGCCGUUGCCGGUUCCGCUGCCGCUGCAGCUAGUUCAGUCGCUGCCUCUGCUGGUGGUGUAGCCUCAUCUGCCGCCGGUGCAGCUUCAUCUGCUCUUGCUGGUGCUACCUCAGCCGCUGCAUCAGCCGCUGCUCCCGCAUCAGGCGCUCUUCCCGUCGUCUCAAUUGCAGGUGGCCUUGUAGCUCUUGUCGGCGUCGCUGCCGGAAUGGCCAUUGCUUUCUAA